AUGAGCACCGGUAUUUCAGACAUCGUGUUGGGCAUUUCCAAAGCAUUAUCAAUGAGACCCAUGGUCAAACUACGUAUAUUAAAAAGUUAUCACUCGAAGUACUUGCUAUCGAUUUGGUUAUUCAUGUCAUUUGUGGUCAUCAAUGUAUUCAUGAAUGACAUCCGAUCUAUGGUUAUACUCACCAAAGAGGAUGUCAUCAAAAAGUUGUCAUCCAUUAAAACUAUACUACAGUUGAAGUACAAUCGGAGUGUCAUUAUAGGCAGCAGUGGAACGACAUAUAGAUUAAUGAAUCUCUACAAUGAGUACCGUUUGCGGCGAACAGAAGGAAAUGGAUCUAUAAUAUUGACGGGAAUACCCAUUAAUAGGGGUCUCAAUCAUACCAUCAAACGACAACUCAAUAAAUUGUAA